AUGACAUCCCCCAAACUAAAAACCACAAUCGCCAUCCUCGGCUGCGGCGACGUCGGUUCCACUCUAGCCUACACCCUCAUCCUGCAACCAAUCUGCUCAGAGGUAAUCCUCGUAGACCCCAAAACCACGCUCCUGGAAGCCCAAGUCCGCGAUCUAAACGACGCCACCUACCGCGGCGGCACCUCUGUCCGCGUGCGCGCCGGAACGCACGCCGACGCCGGCCGAGCAGACAUCGUCGUCAUAACCGCCGGCGCAAAGCAGAAGCCAGGAGAAUCACGCUUAUCCCUCUUAUCCCGUAACCUGCACAUUCUAGAGAGCAUAUUCAGUGCCAUGGCGCCGAUUAGUCCGCACACGAUCUUGCUGCUUGUGGCGAAUCCAGUGGAUAUCCUGACGUAUUUUGCGAGGCGGUUGUCGGGUUUGCCCGAGAGUCAGGUGUUGGGGACGGGGACGAGUUUGGAUUCUGCGAGGUUGAGGGGCGUGCUGAGUGAGAGGGCGGGGGUGGCGCCGAGUAGUAUUGAUGCUUAUGUGUUGGGGGAGCAUGGGGACAGUCAGUUUGUGAACACGAUGUCUCAGGAGUUCAAGGACCAGAUAUCGGCUCAUACUCGUGGAGCAGCUGGCGCGAUCAUCGCGGCGAAGGGUUGCACAAGCUACGGUAUCGGAAAUAUCGCGGCUGGUAUCUGCAAGUAUAUAUUAUUCGACUCACGAUCCGUUCGGCCCUUGUCCUUCUACCAGCCUGAGCUGGGCUGCUGCUUGUCAAUGCCAGCAGUAGUUGGUCGAAAGGGUAUCAUCAAAGCCAUGCCAGUUCAGCUUGACGAGGUGGAGAAGGCGCAGUUGGAGGCCUGUGCCAAAGGACUGAGGGGUGUGAUUGAGGGAGCUGAGAAGGAGUUGAGCGCUGAUCGUGAGCUGGAGAAGGCACUAGCAAGCGACAAGGGUGUCUGA